AUGGGCGCCAGUGUAUCGUGGCUUUCGGGGCUGCUGUGGUCGAAGAAGGAGAUUCGGAUACUGAUCUUGGGACUGGACAAUGCAGGAAAGACAACCCUAUUAUACAGACUCAAGAUUGGAGAAGUAGUCACUACAAUACCGACAAUAGGCUUUAACGUCGAGUCCGUCACAUACAAAAACCUAAACUUCAAUGUCUGGGAUCUUGGUGGACAAACAUCUAUACGGCCGUACUGGAGGUGCUACUAUGCCAACACUGCAGCCGUGAUAUUCGUGAUCGACUCGACAGAUAUCGACCGCCUGGGAACCGCGUCGGAGGAACUUGCAGCAAUGCUAAAUGAAGACGAGCUGAAGGAUGCGGCGCUCUUGGUCUUUGCGAAUAAGCAGGAUCAGCCGGGUGCUAAGGGCGCAGGGCAGAUCAGUGAGGCGUUGAAGCUGGGGGAGUUGAGGGACAGGAAUUGGAGUAUCGUGGCGUGUAGCGCGGUGGAUGGGAGUGGUGUUGAUGAGGGGAUGGACUGGCUUGUGCAAACGGUGCAACAGGACUCCUAG